AUGUCGAACUACGAGAUUGAGCAUAAUACCACUGAGCCCUCCGCAGCUUCUCAGCCUGGUCGCCGACGCCGACCAGACCUCUCAACCUUCUUCGCAACCCUCUCUGAAAUCACACCAGGCCCUGACUCCCGGCCCCAUGCUGUCCCUGUACCAGGAGAUGUGAGCGCAGCUUUCUUCUCACUUGCCGAGGCGUUGGAAGUUAUGCGCCGUGAGGCACCAGAAGGCACAGCAACGGAGGGAACGACGCAAGACAGCGAGGGUCUUUUGACUCAAAUGAUCCAGACCCUCCUCAGCGAAGCUGAUACUCCACCUAGACAAGUAGAGGGCGUGAGCGAGGAGUUUUGCGAUGUACUCGAUCGUGUCCCAAAAUCGUCAUUGGAUACUUCGCAAACCUGCCCCAUUUGCAAUACUCCGUUCUUGGAAGACGAAUACCCGCUCGUCGUGCGCUUGCCCUGCCAUCCGACUCACCUUUUUGAUUUGGAUUGCGUGCGGCCUUGGUUGCGGCUACGUGGAACUUGUCCUUUGGAUCGCACGGAUUUUGCAAAGCAGCUGCGAGAGAAGGCUGAGGCGCUCAAGAAGCUCGUUGAAGAGGAUGAAAAGGAGGAGUGGGAUGGAAUGUAUGGUUAG